GCUGUAUGUACAAUUGAUUGAUUGUUCAAUGAUGACGUGAGUAUGCGACACCUGUCCUGAAUUCUGCACAGCCACACACAGCCACAUCAUGUCUAUUCACAUUCUGCCAGACCCACAUCACACAGACGGAGGGCCGUAUUCUACCUACAGACACAUACACACGCCCUCAAUUAACUAAUUCCCCCUGCCUCUCUCCCCCCCUCUCUGUCUACACGUCCGCCCCAAAUAAGGAUUGUGCAGCGUCCUGGCUGCUCGCACUGGUGUUGCUUUCGUCCUCCCCUCCCCCUUCCGCCCUCGUGUCGCUGUCGCCAUCCUCACUCACUCGCAACGCGUUGCUCACCGAGAACAGCACCGCACCCACCACCGACACAGCCAGCCCCAGCAGAUACACCGGAGUGAUGGUCACGUCGGGGAAAAGGGCCAUGCCCGAGAGGUCGGCUGAGAUGUUCUUGACAUUGGAUGUGACAGUCACGGUGAGGGGGGAGGUGUACUGGUUGGCGACCAUCGAUGAGAAGACCAGGAGGGCCCCCAGCAGAAGGGCGAAGCAGAAACACAGCUCGAACUCCACGGAGCGAGGCGUGAGGGUGGUCGUGAAGAAGUGUAAUGCGUUGGCGACGUCCCCAGUGACCAUGACCCAUAGCAUAAGGAGGGGCAGGAAGGUGAGGGACUGGUAUAUCAUCAGGCUGUACACCUCCCCCGCCGGGCCGCCCUGCUUUGCCUUUGGACGGGGGUGGGGGAUGGCCUCGAGGUCACGCUUCAUCUCCACCAGGUAUGCCGCCGCAAAGACGUUGGAUAGGAGCACGAAGCACACGCCCUCGAACGUCAGAUACCUGCAUACGUACAAAGAAAGAGUGAGUGACAAUGAUGGAUGACGAGACGAGUGGGUGCGGAUGUCUGUGUGCGGUGCGGUAUGUCCACACAUGUCGUUCCAACUCGCGACGAAGGCCCCAACUACCUGCAAGGCAAGCAGUGGACGGACGGACGCAAACAGACACAAGAGUGACCAACACAGAGAGAGUGGUACAGCGUGCAGUGCAGUGCAGUGGCCAAACACUGCCUGCCCUGCGUGUGCAUUGAAUUCAGUCAGUACUUGCAGAACGACGGAAAUGGUCACGGUGGCUGUGGGUGUCCAGCCAAAUCCCAAGUACUCGAACAUAAGGGUGAACACCGUCCCCACCCGCAGAAGCGCGCUAUUCGUCGGGAUGUUCAGAUAGGCCAGGCCGGCUAGGCCAGUGAUAAUGCGCAAAAAGUUGUAGAGCGACAGGGGCAGAACCUGACAGCAGGCAACGCAGCGCAGCGGCAAACACCACACCCAGACAGAUGACUACACUGCUCGCCCAUUCACUCACUCACUCAGUGUGUAGACGCCCAGCCCACCUGCCAUGCCCGCUUAUAUUCCCAUUGGGGGUAGUCGAUGAGCUUGAGGGCCUUGAGGCCUUCCAGCACCGCUAUGCUCAGCACGUUCUGGCACAGCAGCAGCACGUUGAUGAAGCGGAAGUGGAACGUAGUCAAAACCGCCCUGCCAACACGAACAGACAGACAGACAGACGCCCACACUCCCUCACUCCCACACGUCAGCGGCAGGGGCAGCACAUCAGUGCACCAGAUCAGUCCAUCCAUCUCCCUCUCACUUGUUGAACAGGGUCAUCCCAAGCGACACUCCGAAAUAAAGCAGGUUGGCCUGCCAUAGGCCACACAUGCAUAUGCCAUACUGCAUUCAUUGUCGAUGCAGGUGCGUAUAGCGUGUGGCUCACCAAGAACUUUGCCCAGAGGCUGUGUGUGCGCCGUUUGUGGUCAUCAGGGACCUUGAGGCAGAACUCCUUCUCCUCAUCUUCGUUCUUCUGCGGCGCGGACUCCCUCUCGGGAGCGGCUGUCGAAUCGGCGGGUGGGGGGUGCUCGGACGACAGAUCGAUGUCCUCAUAUGAGGCGACGCCGGCCUGUUCGCGUCUAUCCAUUGCUAUCCAUCUCAACGAACGAAC